GGGGACCCAAACUUGUUUCAGGAACAAGCGGCUGAACAUACGUCCCUCCCUCCCCGUGCCGGAGGAACCAGGACGGCCGCGUCCGCGCCAGAGGAGAAGGCGUAAACUUCCUACAAACAUUUCCUCCGCCUUUCCGCGCUCGACAAUUUUCUCGCGGAAUCUUUUUUAACGAGACGAGUUCUGCGUUUCAUCUGUAGACGCCGGUGGGCUCGCUGGUUUUCCUCCCACCGACCACCUGGUUGUUUCCUUUUGCCUGAGAAGGAUUCCUGCGCCCCCCCCCCUCAACCCCCCGCGGCCGCCGCCCCGCACACCGCACCGCCCCCCCCGGACGUGUUUUUGCAGACAUGGAGUGGGGAGCAGAUCUCUGGGACCAGUACGAUCAGAUCGACAAGCACACGCUGACGGGCCUCGACCUGGUCGACCGCUACAUAAAGUUUGUGAAGGAACGGACGGAAAUCGAGCAGAAUUACGCCAAACAACUGAGGAGUCUAUCAAAGAAAUAUGCAAAACGAGGGAGUAAAGAAGAGCAAGAGAGCAACAGGUUCAGCAAUCACGCGUCACUCCAGGAGAUCCUGAACGAGCUGAACGAUUACGCCGGCCAACGGGAGCUCAUCGCCGAAAACAUGACGACCGGCAUCUGCGUGGAGCUCAACAAGUACCUUCAGGAGCUCAAACAGGAACGCAAAACGCACCUCUUGGAUGCCAAGAAGGCGCAGCAGGUCUUAGAGGGCAGCUUCAAACAACUAGAGAGUACUAAGAAGCGCUAUGCCAAGGAAUGGGCAGAAGCUGAAAAAGCAACACAACAAGCGGAGAAAAUAGAGAGUGACCUCAAUGCCACCAAGAUCGACGUCGAGAAGGCCAAACUACACGCCCACAACCGCAUGCACACCGCGGAGGAGUGCAGGAACGACUACGCGGCGCAGCUGCAGAAGUACAACAAGGAGCAGAACGCCUACUACUACUCUCAGAUCCCGCAGAUCUUCAACAAGAUGCAGGACAUGGACGAGCGGAGGAUCCGGCGGCUGGCGGGGGGCUACUGCCAGUUUUCUGACAUCGAGAAGAACGUGCUGCCGAUCAUCACCAAGUGUUUGGACGGGAUUUCUGCAGCAGGGAUGAAAAUUAAUGAGAAACAGGACUCCAUGCUGUUCAUAGAGCAGCACAAGUCCGGUUUCGAGAGGCCUGCAGACAUCGACUUUGAAGAUUACACCCAAGGAAUCAAACCGGCAACCUCUGACUCGAGCCUCAACCCCCCCAAAGUGCGCGCUAAGCUCUGGCCUUUCACCAAGAAAACCAAGGUCAGGAAAAGUAAUUCACUUUCAUCAAUAAAGAAGAAACGUGUCACUGCAGCGCCUGCUGCAGAAGAUUUCUCUCAUCUUCCUCCGGAGCAGAGGAAGAAGAGGCUUCAGGGAAAGAUCGACGACAUCACCAAAGAGCUGCAGAAGACGCAGGACCAAAGCGAGGCCCUGGAGAAGAUGAAGGGUGUGUACGAGCACAGUCCGCAGAUGGGAGACCCGUCCAGUCUGGAGCCUCAGAUCUCAGAAACUGCCCAGAGCAUUGGCCGGCUGACGGGGGAGCUCGCCAAAUAUGAGACGUGGCUGUCGGACGCAGUGGGCGGCGACGACUCUUCCAACGCCAUCAACAAUAAUACUCAGCAUCGUGUGGUAGCGGCCCACGAGUCCCAGGGCCUCUACUCCGAGUUCGAUGACGAGUUUGAAGACAUAGAAACUCCUGUCGGCCAGUGCGUCGCUCUGUACACCUUCGAAGGCAACAGCGAGGGCACCGUUUCCGUCACGGAGGGAGAGAUGUUGAGUAUAAUGGAGAACGAUAAAGGCGACGGAUGGAUGAGAGUCCUUAGAGGCAGCGGAGAAGAGGGCUAUAUACCGUCAUCCUAUGUCAAACAUUCCCCAUAACACAAACACACGCACACACGCACAGCUUGUAAUGGAAAGGUAAGUUAGAAGCCGAAGGUGAAUACAAAGUCGUGCGCUAUAAUCGAGGGCCGCUCCCUCCCAUCUUUUAUCUCGGCCGGUGGCGUGAACGCGGCGAUGGAAGCGCGUGAUUAGAAAGCCUCUUAUCGCAAAGUCUCUGAUCUUCACGCGUUUCAGCUCUUUCCAAUCCAAAAACUUGUGAACGUGCACCCGAACUUUUGCGAUGACUGGCGUAAUGUAUUCAGCGUCACAGUAGCCGCUACGUGUCUUUUAUGUUGAUAUGUCCAUUCACUUGACUCCCUCCCGCUGCCCUCCUCUUAUUACCUGCUGAACCGCUUCCCUUUGUCACUAAAAACCGCUCUCCUGACUGGACACCACGAGUUCUGUCUUUUGGCAAAGUGACGACUUAUAACUGGAUGAAGACGAAAUGGAAACGGUGGAUGAAAUGACAUCUCACCGUGGACGCUCACUUUAAAGGAUGCCUUUUAAGUGUCUGUCUGCUAAACAAUAGGCUAAAAUCUGCUUCAACGUGUACACGAGGAUCGUUGCGAACUGAAAAAAGGAAACCCGCCUUGCAUUUUUGUUUGCGUGAAUUCAAGACAUAAAAAGGAAAAGGCACAUUGGCAAUAAAGACCAAAGUCCUCCAAUACACCGUAUCGCUGCUUCACAGAUCAGAGCAAUGACUUCGUAAACCACAGAGACGGAUGACAAGCAAUUAAGUCCUCAUCGGCAGAGCCAUCUCCAUUCUGGUCCUUAAUUAGUUUUUCCCUUUUUGACUUUAUUACGUAAACUGUCCUCAACCACCUGCUUUCAUGUGUGGGGCCACCGGCUCGUCACUGUGCUUCUCUGCAGCAACGAUCGUGGUGGAAAACCUUUUUUUGAAUGAACGAAACGAUUUUAAGAUUCAGCUCCCGGCUGGAUGACAGAACGGGGAAACGCAAGUGAAACGUACGGGACGAGUGUUUUAAGACUCGCGUCACCCUGAUGGGACGUUUGCUUGUGCAGAGAACUCCAGCAGAAACGUCCUUCUGCACCGUGACGCCUUUGCAAAUCCUUCAUUGAGCCACAUCAUGUUUACUCAUCUCUCUCUACCACUCUGUCCUGCACUCGAUGUUUUCUUAGCAUUUUAAGGGGUAUUAUUGUGAUGAAUGAUUUCAUUUUUUUUUAACAAAAUGUAUGUAUUUACGUGUAUCGUUUGAAACAUAAAGUGAACAGGAAAAGAAAUAAAAAUUCUCAUCUUUUUCUUUUCAGAAA